AGUUAAGUUGAAUAUAUAGCACCAUGGCUCAACUGGGAUCGUCUCUGUCAGCAGAAACCGAGACGCUGAGCAAUGUCCUGAGCCUAGUGGAGGCUUUCAGAGCAUUCGAUUCAGACAACGACGGUGCUAUAAAUGCCGCAGAGCUGGGCGGAAUCCUGAGCUCGCUCGGCUACAACGCUAGCGAGCAAGACGUGAGGGCGAUGAUGCGGGAAGGAGACGGUGACAAGGACGGGUUGCUGAGCAUGGAAGAGUUCCUUGAGAUGAACACCAAGGACAUGGUGCUCGGGGAGCUCGCCAAUUCUCUCAAGACAGCUUCCCAGGCUAUUGAGGUCCAAGGGGACGACGCUUUAACAGCCACGGAGCUGUAUCAAGUUAUGGGUAACCUUGGAAUGCCUCAACAUUCCCUUGAGGAUUGCCAGUGUGUGGUGGCUUCCAUGGAUGCAGAUGGUGAUGGAGCUGUUACCUUGGAGGACUUCAAACUCAUUCUUAAUGCACUUUUAGAUUAAUAAUUAAUAUAAUAACAAACAUUAGUAAUUGUUAAAUAAU